CACACACACACACCAUAUGAUAAUAUUAAAUACACCUUCAAACCUUCACUCAUUUUUCCCUCUUUAGAUACACCUUCAACCCGCCCAUCAUGGAUGAACGACAAAUGUUCAUGUCACCAUUUCACGUGCCUUCACUUUUUCAGAGCCCUCCAGAUCAAUUGGGAUUGCCUAUUACUUCAGGUUCGACUAGUGGGCUUGUUGGUAAUCAGGGGAUAAUGUUGCCGGAAAAUGAAAAUAUCGGCAAAAACAAAAGAAGAAAUGUUUCUAAAAGCACGAAGCCGAGUGUGCCGCGCUUUGUGUUUCAAACGAGGAGCGAAGAGGAUGUGCUCGAUGAUGGCUAUCGAUGGAGAAAGUACGGACAAAAAUCUGUUAAGAAUAGCAGGUUUCCCAGAAGCUAUUACCGGUGCACUCACCCCACGUGCAACGUGAAGAAACAAGUUCAGAGGCUAAGUAAGGACAGUGGUACGGUUACAACAUCGUACGAAGGAGUUCACAAUCAUCCGUGCGAGAAGAUCAUGCAAACCCUAACCCCACUUUUACAACAGAUUAACCUCCUCACCACAGCUAAUCCUAAUUAAUCCUAAUCCUAAAUCCUAAUCUUGAGUUGUAAUGUGAUUACUAAUCCUGAGUUGUAAUGUUGAUCGUCCAUUAAUCUCUCUCAUGUCAAGUUGGGUACAAUAGUUGAUUUUCCUUGUUUACAUUUGAAAGUUCUAUUGUUGAUCAUCC